GGGUGAAAUUUUGACAGGCGGAUGUGGAGACAGAGGUGGCGGCGGCCGGAGUACCCAAGAAGAGAACGUUCAAGAAGUUUAGCUUCAGAGGCGUUGAUUUGGAUGCUCUCCUUGAUAUGUCCACUGACGAGCUUGUCAAGCUCUUCCCUGCUCGUGCUCGCAGAAGGUUCCAGAGGGGUCUCAAGAGAAAGCCCAUGGCUUUGAUUAAGAAGCUCCGCAAGGCGAAAAGGGAGGCCCCACCUGGUGAAAAGCCAGAACCAGUUAGAACCCACCUGCGAAAUAUGAUCAUUGUACCUGAAAUGAUUGGAAGCAUAAUUGGUGUGUACAAUGGCAAGACAUUUAACCAGGUUGAAAUCAAGCCUGAAAUGAUUGGGCAUUACCUUGCUGAGUUCUCCAUUUCAUACAAGCCAGUUAAGCACGGUAGACCUGGUAUUGGUGCUACCCAUUCAUCUAGGUUCAUUCCUCUGAAGUGAAGUCCCUUCUCGCAGCCUAGAUACUUUAUUCGGUGUUGCUAUGGAGAAACAUUUAUGUUGAUCAAAUUUUGUUUGUUGCACUUUUAGUUUCUUAAUGGCAAUUUUAUGCCCUUUCUAUUGUUAUAUCAGAUAAUGAAUCUUAGUCAUGUUUUAAAGAGGUGUUUUGAAUGGUACACUUAGUGUUUAUGGUAGUUGAGCUUGUUAGUGAAUUGGUAUUUUGCCCACUGCGUUGUCUGCAAAAUUUAUAUAGUUUCUGAAGUUUCACCUCA